UGGCAACACCUUCACCUGCCCGUGUGACCGUGCCUGCCUCCGGCCCCAGACCAGCGGUGCAGCAGGUGGAGUCGUCCAGCGUGGUGCCAGGGGUGGUCGUCGUCCGGGAGGAGCUCGCCGCAGCGUGCCCGGCCGUCCCGGAGGUGCCGGCGAGACCUUCACCAGCCCGUGGGACCGUGUCCGCCUCCGGGCCCAGACCAGCGGUGCAGCAGGUGGAGGCGACAGCCCAGGAGUCGGCCAGCGAGGUGCCGGGGGUGGUCGCCGGUCAGGAGGAGGUCGCCGCAGCGGGCCCUGCUGUCCCAGAGGAGCGACAGAAGAUCGACAAAGCUAAGGCUGUUUUUGUUCCUUCUGUUUGUGUUAGUGAUGUUCAGUCAGAGUCUAGCGCUAAUGCUGUGGCAACAGGGUCUAACAUAGAUAGCAGCAGGAUUAGGCUAGCUAAAGUUGUGCGCGGGUCGUUUCAUCAGGGAAAUGCCCGAUUUGUGUAUGGAGGAGUGCAGUGUAUGGCUAUAGCUUUGGUCAGCUUAGCCAAACACACGGUGAGGAGCGCGUUCUCGUGGGACAGGCUGGAUCUGGAUCGCGCGUUGGUUGAAGGUGAUGAGUUGUACACGAGUUUGCGUGACCUCAACAUCUUCAGCCAUGUGUCUAAUCUGCUGUCUGUGCCAGAUUUGCCACAGCAGCUGGAAUUAGACGGAGAGCUGUUUAGGUUUAGUUUUGGUGACACGGUGUUAGGCGAAGUAGGCGUGACCGAAGGUGAAUACAUCGAUUUCGGUGUAUUCAUCAGCUUGCGUAAUGGACUGGAGAGAAUCUUCAGUCAAUACACCACAUGUCUUUUGACAAUGUGCGGAAACACCACUGCCAUCGUGCGUGAGGGUGGACGGUUCGCUGUGGUCGACAGUCACUCACGCAGUAGCACUGGCUUGUUACACCACAACGGUACAAGCGUGGUUCUGCAUUUCACGUGUCUGGACGACCUGCACCACUACAUCUGUCGUUUGGCCGACAGUCUCCGUUCGAGGGAGAAGCUCUUUGAGCUGUGUGGUGUCACGGUCAGCACAGGUGCAAGUCCAGCGCGGUCUGGUGUGUCUGUGGAGAGUCUCGUCACUGGGAUGAGCGCUGCUCCAGCACCAGAGUCUAGUGUGCUCACUGAGGCUGGGAGAAAAAGUGAGGUGUCUGCAGGCGUUUGUGUGCCUGAGUGUGGUGUCAGCAUUGCCGCAAGUCCGGCACUGUCUGGCAUUUCUGUUUUUAGUUUCUCCAGCGAGGUGAGCAGCGGUUCAGCGGCAGAACCAACGGUGACCGAUGGCAGAAAGCGUGUCAUUUCUUCCGGCACUUGUAUGUCGAAGAAAUCCAAGAGUUUCGAUGUCCGAGAGGUCAAUUCGGACAUCGAAUUUGUUAGCGAGGUUAGUCCGGUAGCCACAGAGGAGGGGUUGUUGGGUGUUCCUUGUAGCAAAGAGAGGAUUGUGACCGAUGGGAACUGCUUCUUCAGAGCCAUCUCUCAGGCUGUGAGUGGUUCUCAGAAGCACCAUCAGUACAUUGAGCAGUCCAGGAUGAGGCGUGUCGGCAGUUGGGCCACAGAGGUGGAAAUUCAGGCAACAGCCGAUUGGGACAGCAUUGAACAUAGGGAGAGCGUUAAGGCCAGGAGUGUGGGUAAAUACAGGGACAGCAUUGAGCAUAGGGAGAGUGUUAAGGCGAAGGUAUUGGGCAAAUACAGGGACAGCAUUCAGUACAGGGAGAGUGUUAAAGCCAGGAGUUUUGUCAAAUACAGGGACAGCGUAGAGCACAGGGAGAGAAAGAAAGCCAAGAAGGUGGUCAGAUAUAGGGACAGCAUAGAACACAGGGAGAGAGUUAAGGCCAAGAGUUUGGGCAAAUAUAGGGACAGCGUUGAGUACAGGGCGAAACAUAUUGAGAGAGAUGCCCCGUGCCAAGUCCCACCGGCGGGCCCAGGCCCUGAAGCAGAGGAUGGCGCAGCCGCUGCCAUGGAUCCCCCAGCCGCCUGUCCCCGAGUUCGUCGCUCGUAA